AUGGCUAAAGGCAGCUGCAUGUGUGGUCAGGUUGAGUAUGAGUAUACUGGUGAACCGGCUGUGACCGCCCUCUGCCACUGCAUCGACUGCCAGAAGUGGACAGGUGGUCCCUACACAUCCAACGCGGUCGUGCCCCGCACCAACUUCAAGGUCACCAAGGGUACACCGAAGGACUAUGAUGCCGUCGGAGCCAGUGGCAAGAUCAACAAGCACUGGUUCUGCUCCAACUGCGGCUCCAGUCUCUAUACCGAGCUGGAGGUCAUGCCGGAUAUGACCUGCGUCAAGGCGGGCGGUUUGGAUGGAGGCCACGCAAGCUUGGGUAACAGUAUUGGUGUCGAGUUCUAUACCAAGGAUAGGGUUAACUAUCUCAACGCCGUCGAGGGUGCUAAGCAGGAGACUCACUUCGGGUGA